AAGUGACAAAAAAAAAAUCAAAGACACAAAAAUGGAACUUGAGAUCUAUUCCUAAUCCCUCCGCCGUCGAAGAAGCAUUUGGCACAACUCUCCUUCAAACUCUCGUUGCCGUCGAAGAACAACUCUCUUUCAAUCUCUUGUCGCGCAUCUCUCCUCUUCGUUGCCGUUGAAGAACCUCAAAAUUACUCGGCCGUUUACCAUCGUUUUCACGAUUCCAAGUAAGUAACUUCAUCUCUUCACAAAUUUCUGCACUUCAUGUUCUUUAUAGUUUGUUCCUUCAAUUUUAAGGUCAUGUCAAAAAUCAAUUUUAGGUCAUGGUUGGAUUCACUUUUGGGAGAGCCAAAAGGGAUUCUUUAAUAUCUAAAAUUGAUUUUUGACAUGUUUUAGAGGUUUCUAACAGUGAUUAGAAUUGAUUCCUAGGGUUAGUAAACUCUAAUCCUAGGGUUUCAGUGAUUUUUUUUAGUGAAACCAUUCAUUUCUCCUUCUGAUUCCGAUUCAAACAUCCUCCAUCUUACCCAUUUAUCGAUUAGUAAACUCUAUUGCUAGUGUUUCAGUGAUUUGGUUUUUUAUGUUGGUGUAUUAGUAGUUUAUCUUGUUUAAGCUAAUGAGAUGAUUGUGUUGUUGUCAUUCUAGAACUAUUUUGCAGAUUUGUUGUUUGUUAACUUGUAAAUUUCAAUAAUGACCCUGUUGGGAUUGACUUAGAUACUUGAUUUCUUAUCUCACUAAUGAUUGUGUGGGCUUUUGUUGGUAUAAAAUAUAAAUAUAUGAUUAACAUUUUAUUACUUGAGUUAAAUGUUGAGUGUGGAAUUAACAACUUAUUACUUAAUUUAAUUGUUGAACUGUUAAUAUUUUAAUUUUUUAUGGUUUCAAUUUAAUUCAUUCGUAACUGGCAAUUUGAUCUACAAGAAAAUAGAGAUUUAAUAUAAGUUUUGAAUAUUGAAAAUUUGAGUAAAUUUGAGAAAUGAGUGAAAUUUUGUAGCUUUAGAAGUGGGCUUGGUUUGGUUGUUGCUGUCCUUUUUGUAUUUGAGCUUCACAAUGCGAAAUGAAUCAUUUGCCUACUUCUGCUUGUAGGCCUCACAGUGCUAACUGUUUGAUUAAUGAAUCAAAUGAAGUUGAUCAUUAGGCUUAUCUAAGCAUUUAUGGUACCUUUGGAUUUUCUGCAUAAUUAUGCAGAAAACUAUGUCAUGUUUGAUUUGUUUCUUAAAUUCUUAAAACUAACUGUUUCAUAUUAUUAUAAUUCUUACAUGUUUGACUAUCUAUUUUUCCCCCUCUUGUGCCAAGGAGAGAUGAUGAUAGGAAGAUCAUUAUACGACUUUAUAGUAAAGGGCUCAUUCCUCCCAUUGAAGUUGCGAAGGCCAUUAAUUAUGCAAUACGAAAUCAGUGACGAGUUCUUGAAAUUCUUCGAUCAAAAUAAGACCACCGAGCUUCGUCAAGAGGCAGAGCGGUCUACACCUCAGGCCGCAAGGAUCAUAUUGAAGUGGCACUUGAACUUGUAUUCUGGACAUGGGACAAGAUUACAUGACUUGACAUGGUGUGGUGUAAGAAAAUACUCAACAUUACUUGAUUAUAUCAUACUUUUUGGUGAGAAAAAGAUAGUACGAAAGAAUCAAGAACAAUAUAAGUGAGGCUAAUGUGCUAUUAGCAUGAUUGGACAUGUGGAAUCAAAGCAAGAUUAAGGUAUAUUCUAAAAUUACAUAUACAAUAAUUGAAAUAUAACUUUCAUAAAUUUUUAUCCCUUUACAGGACUUUGGAUCUCACAAGAUACAUAUUGUUUACUUCUCUAGUAUUGAAUAUUCUUAAUUUAAGUAUAUUCUUUUUAUUUUGAAAUAUUUUGAUUGACUAAAAUAAAAGUAAAGAACUCUAGCAACAUGUCAGAACUAAAAUGUAUGUCAUUGUUGUUUUGCACUUACAGAGUGUAUUCUAAGUUGUUCAAACUUUGUCAUCCACUUCCAUAUGUGGCAUUAUACACACAAAGCUCAUUGUGGGAGAGUUUUUUGCAUACUCAUUGCUAUGUUUUUCAUGCAGCAAGCUAUCGAAGUAAGAUAAUGAUAAUGUUUAACUAUCUUAAAUGUGUUGAUAUGUUAGACUAUCUUAAACUUUCUUUGAUAAUGUGUUGAUAGCUUGCCAUAGUUGCUGAUAAUGCAUGUGUUGAUAGCUUGUCUCAAUAUUCAUCAUUUUGGUUUUGUUAGUUAUCUGUUUUAAGCACAUAUAUAUUUUCCUGUAAUGAAUAGAGUCGUUCAUGGGUUCAUGAGCUAUUGAAGCCAUCUGGGGUAUGCUUAGACACUUGUUUGCUUCUAAACUAUUAUGGUAGACUAGAUGCCUCUAUGUGGACAAUCUUAAAGAAAUAUCAUUCACUUCUUGUUAUCAGCUGAUUUAUUUGACUGCAUAUAAUUAGGAAAGUGAUCAAAUAUACAAGGAGCUAGGAUUUGGGGACAUAAUUACACUCAUAUAGUUUAUGUGGUUUUUUCUCUAGCUCUUCUCUUGUGUAUUAGUUUCUGUUUUUAUGGUUUUUUAGGUGAAGGCUUAUGGCUUUUUUCCUUUUAGGGGGGGCCUUAGUGUAUCCAUUUGUUUGGUGUUGCUGCUAUUGGUGCUAAUUUAAUUUUUGCUUUGACACUUUAUUGGUGUUUGUACUAGCCGGGUGUUUUUAAGUUCUUUCUUCUAGUGUUUUGUAGUCCUUUAAUGUUUCUUUGGUUGGGCUUUGGUCUUGUUAUGGUAACGUGUUAGUACCUUGUAUUCUUAGGUCAAGACUUCUCAUCUCUAGGUAGAAAAUUCUUGUGGUCAAGACUUGAAGAUCUUGUUCACAAAUGUUUCUUGUUUCUCAGUUAUUUCAUUAUAGUUACUAUCUUUGAGAUGUCAUGCAUGGGAUGAUAUCUCGUAAUCUUAACAAAUGUCUAUCUAGUUGCAUGAUGGGAAUGCGGCACUGGAUGCAAUUGGGUUGUUAAUGCCAUUGUGUUCUUGACUUUCUUUUAUGCCUUUGACUCUUUAUCUUUGGUUUUGAUGACCUUAAUGAGUACAUUGGUAGAGAUUUUAUGAUUGUUAUCUUUGGUUUUGAUAUUUUAAUGAAUAUAUUGGUAGAGAUUUUAUGGUUGUGAGAAA